AUGCCAAGAAUUCCAAAAAAUCUAGAACAAAUGAUUGUUAUUCGAUGUUGGCUAGAACAACUUUUAAAUUGUGCUUUUGAAAAUGCUCACAAUAUUAUAUUUAAUCCACAAAUGAUUGAUUUAUUAUUUGGUAACGACAAAACAAUUCUUAAACAAUUUCACGUUCAAAGCUUCUAUUUAGAAGCUAGGAAUAAUACAAUCGAAAAUUUUUUGAAAUUUGGUCUAAAUCGUUUCGCAAUCUAUAAGGAUUUUACAAUCGUCUUUAGAGACGACAUUUCAAAGCAAAAUGAGGAUAUUUUAUUCAAUAUUAUAAUAAAUGAAGGCAAUAAAUUACCUCAAGUUUGCUUCGGUGAUUUUGAUUCUUUCAGGCUUUAUGAUCUUAUUGUUGAAGUAAGUUAUCAAGCAGUGGUUGGAAGCUCGUACCAAAAUUUGUACUAG